AUGGCAAUUGAGGCUCUUCCCCAGAAGACAAUCCGGGCGAUUGGCUCCACAUCUGCCAUAUCGGAUCCCUGCUCUGUUGUCAAGGAACUUGUAGACAAUGCCUUGGAUGCUUCCGCUACGUCUUUACAGGUUGAAAUUUCCCAAAACACCGUGGAUGUCAUACAACUCAAGGACAAUGGCCACGGAAUCUCUCCAGAGGACCAGCAAAAGGUCUGCAAACGAGCGUUUACCAGCAAGAUUCAAAGUUUAGAUGAUCUCAAAAAUGUCGGGGGCUCAUCAUUGGGAUUUCGCGGUGAAGCACUUGCCAGUGUCGCAGAGAUGUCUGGGCUUGUCACUGUCACCACUCGAGUUGAGUCCGAAGCUGCCGGACGAUGUUUGAAGUAUGGAAGAAACGGAGAGCUUACUGGAACACAACGGACAUCACAUCCUGUGGGCACAACUGUUCGUAUCGCAGAAUUUCUCAAGCAUAUACCUGUCCGCAGGCAGACUAUCUUGAAGGGUGCUGCAAAAAGUUUUACGAGGAUCAAGCAACUUCUCCAGGCCUACGCUAUAGCUCAACCGUUGAAGAGGUUCUCAUUCAAAGUCCUCAAGGCAAAAGGUGAAAAUAGCAAUUGGGUCUAUGUGCCGAACGCAGACGCGUCGCUCUCGGACGCAGUUCUGAAGAUAGCUGGCACGGAGGUGUUUUCUUCCUGUGUCUUGAAAGGAAAAUCAGAUCAGACAGGAUAUGAAGCGACGGCUUUUCUUCCGAAAAAAAUACAAUUGGAUACGGCGAAGAUCAACAAUGUAGGCCAAUUCAUCAGUGUGGACGGCCGCCCUCUGUCUAAUAGCAGGGGUGUUGCCCACGAGAUCGUCAAGGUUUUCAAGCAGCAUGUCCGUGCCGUCUUAAAGGAGUCCAGUGAUCCUUUCCUCUGUUUGCAAAUUCGCUGUCCCCGAGGGACAUACGACGUCAAUAUCGAGCCAGGGAAAGACAACAUACUCUUUGAAGACCAAGAUGUAGUCUUGGCCUUGGUAGAGAAUAUGUUUCGCGACCAUUACGGAACGGAGACGAGAAAUUCCACCCAAGGCAAAGAGGAUUCCUGCAAACCUAAUGAGAGCUCAGGAGGAUUCGAACUUUUGCUGGCUAGGAAGCCAGCAGAGCUUGUCGCACGCCCUGGUGAUCCUGACAACCCCUUUAGCUUAGCUAUACCCUGCACACCCCUCUCACAGAAUCCGCAAGCCCUUUCGCCUACGGUUCCUUCCAGCACCAUCAGAAGUAAGAAUCCUAGCUUCGUCAAUCCGUGGUCUGUGUCCAGAAUAAAUGCUUCGUUUCAAACACCGCGUCGCGGAAACAAUCUCAAUGAAACAAGCCCCGUGGAUCUAUCUAGCGGUAGCCUGCAGGGGCCAGUCCAAAGGGGACGUGAACCGCGAAUCGUCCAGCAUUCGCCCAACUCAGCCCCGAUAAGUCCUCUUUCUUCACGACUUGCAUCUGGGUCGCCAGUGAAACGCCGCCGCCAGCAUCCACAAGAAUCGACCGAGUCCUCCCCUGAAACUAAUCGUAUUUCGAGCGCCCGACGCGCUCAGAGGGAACGUGAUCGAGACCGGUAUGGGAACGGCGCUCUAGACACUUGGUUUCAGAGAACAACACAAGUCUCGCUGCAGAAAAGCCCUGCUGAGGAAGCACCGACUCAAGAACCAGACUCACCGCUUUCUUUCCUUACCCAGCAACGAUUCGGAUUGCCCACGAACACUUUGCCAGAUAUUAUGCAUAUCGAUGGGCAGAAUGAUGGUUGUUCGGACAGUCCAGAUCUGGAGAAAGCACUAGACUUCGAAAGGAGGAAGAAGGAAGCUAUUCAGAACAGUCGGAUGCGCGUCAGCAAUAACGAGAAAACAUUGAGUUCGCAGUCUGCUCCAGAAUUUCAUUCGCCUCAUAAAAGUCGGUAUCUUGCCGCAAAAGCUGCGUUAACUUCAUCGCAAGCUUCGAUCGGCGAGCCGGUCUCUGCGACAACGCUUUCCCCUCGUGAUCCGCGAGCACACCUCAUUCAUCAGACAAGGGAUAAUUCUACCGACGAACCUUCCACGAAGGACGGAAAGGCCAGGAGACUACCCACCAGCCGACUUCCCUUCGAACGUAUACCUGAUGGCUCCGACCUUCAUGAUCUCGGUUUAACCUACUCGGUCGACUUGUCUUCCGGCUCGAACUUGUUCAAGUGCAAUAUACCAGAGAAUCUAUAUACUGAGAGUGACAACGAAACUACAGCAUUCUCGGCAUCUGAUCUUGAAACAUGCGUGCCGUUCUGGAAUGAACGGUUGAUGCUCAUCAUGAAGCAAAAAUACAAAAACAAGGAUGAAUCAAAGCCUUUGAAUAUGCACAUUGAUCUUGCCACCAUUAAUUCUCCACAUCUGCAAACAGCCCAAAGCAAUUGA